AAUUCAUCCUGUGUUCGUAUUCUUAUUCCUACAUCACUACCGUUAAAAACAUACAUAAACAACCCCACCUAACCAAUCAAUCACAAUUUUUGAGAAUCAAAUUAAACCCUUUCUUUGAAGUUUCUAAAAUCUUCAAUUCAACAUAUUCCCACAAUUUUAGAUCUUUAAUCUUAUAUAUUAUAAAAUCUGCAAUUUAACAUAUUCCCACAAUUUUAUAUCUUAAAUCUUUUUUAUGGGCAAAACCCACAUCCAAUUUCCAGAAUUGUGGUUGAUCAUUUUAACAAUUUUAAUCAUUUUGAUCAUUUUUAUGGUGGAAAGGGUGGUAAAAAGAUUGUUGAGGCGCCAACCAAUUCUUGGGAAUACUUCUAUGGAUUCAUCUCCAUCUUCAGCUACGUUCUUAUUGCCAGCUUCAUUGCCUAAGUGGCCUAAAGGGCAAGGAUUUGCUACUGGAACAAUCAAUCUCGGAGAACUAGAAGUUGCACAAAUAAAUAGGUUUGAGUUUAUUUGGGGCUCUCAUCUGUCACACGACAAGAAAAAAAGUGUUUCGUUCUAUAAACCUCUACGCAUACCCGAAGGAUUUUUCAGCUUUGGUUAUUACUGCCAAUUAAACGGCAAACCUUUGAAUGGGUAUGUUCUUGUGGCUAAGGAUGCAUCACAUGAACAUAACUUACCAGCCCUUAUGAUGCCCGUUGACUAUACUUUGGUAUGGAUUUCCGACGAUGGCAUGGGAACUUACGAUCAACGUGGUUACUUUUGGCUGCCUCAAUCUCCCUCGGGUUAUAAAGCCCUAGGAUUCAUCGUGACUACCAAACCCGAUAAACCCAGUUCAGCGGAAGUAAGAUGUGUUAGAGAAGACCUCGUCGAUGAUGGUGAGGCUUGUGGUUUAUUGCUUGAAAUGGUUUCAAAAUUUAACAAGAUCCCUUUUAAAGUCUUUAAGACUAGGCCUUGUGAUCGAGGAAUGUUCGGUAAAGGUGUCUCGGUAGGAAGCUUCUGUUGUACAAGCCCGUGGUUUUUAGGAGAAGAAAUGCCCGUUGUAUGUUUAAAGAACAAAGACCCUAAUCGGCAAGGAAUGCCAAAUCUUGAUCAGAUUCAUGCACUGAUCAAUCACUAUGGCCCUACAAUAUAUUUCCACCCCAAAGAGAUCUACUUUCCAUCUUCUGUGUCAUGGUUCUUCAAAAACGGAGCUCUUUUGUUCAAAGAAGGACAGUCUAUUGGUGAACCUAUUGAUCCCGAAGGUACUAAUCUUCCUGCUGGUGGUGAAAAUGAUAAAAAAUGUUGGAUAGAUUUUCCUGCUGAUGAUCGAAGGGAAGUUCUCAAGCGCGGAAACCUAAAUAGUGCCGAGGUUUAUGUCCAUGUGAAACCAGCUUUAGGCAGUACUUUUACGGACCUAGCAAUGUGGUACUUUUCUCCUUUCAAUGGGCCAGCCACCCUAAAGAUCGGACCGACUAAUUUUAGUUUAGGCAGGACCGGAGAGCAUAUUGGCGAUUGGGAACAUUUCACUCUUCGUAUAAGCAACUUUACAGGUGAACUUCAUUGUGUAUAUUUCUCGCAGCACAGUGGUGGUGAGUGGGUAAGUGCUUGCGAUUUGGAGUUCAUAGACUGGAACCGAACUGUUGUGUACGCAUCUAAACAUGGUCAUGCUUGCUACCCGCGUCCUGGGACCUAUCUUCAAGGAUCGUCUAGUCUUGGAAUCGGGAUAAGAAAUGAUUGUGCUAGAAGCAAAUUCUUCAUUGAUUCUAGCACCAAGUACAGGAUUGUCGCAGCUGAAUAUCUCGGUGAAGAAGUUAUCGAGCCUUGUUGGCUGCAGUUUAUGAAUCAAUGGGGACCGAAGAUUGUUUAUAACUCGAAAAAAGAGCUGGAUAAGGUGAUCAAGCGGCUUCCAUUGAUGAUACGACGUACAACAUCAAAUGUGGUUGGGAAGAUUCCAUUUGAACUUUCAGGACAGGAAGGACCAACUGGUCCUAAGGAGAAGAAUAACUGGUUUGGGGAUGAAAGGUGGUAGAUUAUUACACUAACACAUUUAAAUGUAUUAUUUUGGGGAUAAUCUGAAUGCGGGCAUUUCUCCUUGCCCACUCCUUAGAGGGGCACGGGUAUGAUUUGCCCGUAACCCUUCUCCCUCCGAAUCCUGAUUUGUGCGAGAUAUUGAGUUGCUAAUGACGUAAAUGUAUUGUAAUUUGUAACUGUUAUAUUGUUUAUUGAUGGUUUUUGGUCUUCUGUUCCAAUAUAUCAUAGACCUUAUGCUAAAAUAAUCAGAUGUUUUUUACUCCCUUUGUUCCA